AUUCCAAAUGUCUAUGGAGAAAAAAUAUUAAAAAACAAUUAUUGUUGAAAAUCAAUUAAGUUGCAACAGUCACCUCACAGUCGAAAGAGACGCUGGUCGAGGAAAGUACUACUGUGCCCUAACAAGGUUUUCUUCAAUUUUGAAGAUGCCGAUCACUAAAGACGAAGAUGCAGACGUUGUGAUGUGUCGUAUUUGCACGGAUCCGUUCGAUAUCAGCCUUGAGCGCAAAAUUCAGGCAGAAACCGAGCUUGGUGAAACAAAAGAGAAGCUAGAAGAGAGCUUGAAAUUGCUGAAGAAACGGUUAACAGAAAUCAAGGACUUAGAACCAGAGACUGAAGACAUAUUCCUCACUAGCUUCUUGAGAACAAAGAAACUUAAUGUUGAGAAGGCUUUAAAAAUGGUGAAGGAGUUUUACAAAAUAAGACAAAACUAUCCGAAAUACUUUGAGCCUUGUCUCCCAUCACAAAAGGGUUUCAUCUAUGAUUUAUUUUUCUUCACAAUUCCACCGGAGAGGACUGAUUUAGGAAGAGCUAUGUUGGUAACAAAAUGUAAAAACAUGGAUCCAAGAAUUGUAUCGUCAGACAUGAUUAUCCAGGCUGGGAUGACAAGUCUGAAAUUGUGCCUUGAAGACCCUGGCAUUCAAGUGUCUGGAAUGAUAAUACUUCUUGACUUGGCCAAUUUUACUGUUAUGCAGCAGUUAAAGCUGAUAACACCCAGAGCAGCUUAUAUUAUUGUCAGCAGUAUUCAGGACUCAUUCCCAGUGAGAGUUCGUGAAAUCCAUGUGGUCAAUGAACCAUUAUUUUUCGACGCAAUUUAUGCUUUUUUCAAACCUUUCCUGAAGGAGAAGUUCAGGAAAAGAAUAAAAAUUCAUGGAAGCGACAUGUCAUCCCUGCAUAAAUGGGUGAGCCCUGAUGUCCUGCCUGAAGAGUAUGGAGGAAACCUCCCACCCCUCACCAAUCAACCCAUGAUGAAACAGCUGUACAAAAGUGAAAACAAAAUCAAAGAUUGGAUACACUAUGGUUAUAUACCAAAGAACGUCAUCCCUAGAUGAUGGAAAAUAACGUGCAGAAAAGUUAUCAAUAUUUUUCCAGGACUUCAUUCGCAGAGUUUAUGAUAUCAAAAAUAUCAACACAUCAAAAGUUACAAAAUCAAAUUCCAUUUCAUCAAGUUUUUUAAAUAAAUUGAGUAGAGUAUUCAUCUUUCAAUAAAUUUAAAAUGUUUGAAGUCGUCAAUAUAAUAGCAGAGAGAAUAAGUACUGUAUAAAAAUAUAGAUUGUAUUUUUAUAUGAUAAUACGUAGGUACGGUACUCUAUAGUAAAGUGGAAUUAAUACCAUUCUAACGAUAUUAUGCUAUAAUGCUAUAACGAUAUAAUGCUAUUCUAUACCAUUCUAACGUGACGUAGUAUAGUGAAUUGAACAACUGUCAGUCAUUUCAAUUAUUUGUUAUGAAAAUAGUACUUCAUUUUGAUGUGAGAUCUUCAAAUUAGAGUUUCCAAUAAUUGUUAAUAUUAUAAUUAUUAAUAUACUGUAUAUGAUAACAGUGAUGAAUACAUUUUUUUCUCAGCUUCCAAGGAUACAUUUUUUCUAGAAUCUAAUUGAAAGGUGGAAUUCUUCCCUAUCCUUUUAAUUCUUCAUUUUAAUUUAAAAAAAGCACAUCAUUAAAUUCUCAGUGUCUUCUCAAA